GAAGAACUGUCGCAUUGUCUCACCCUCCUAGUCAGAUAGCAAUCGAGAAACGAGACAACGAAUCCGUAGCCGCCGUAGCAGACCAUGGCCAACACACUCGCCCCGUAUCUCAGCUCCAUCCGCAGCUCGCUGGACUCGGCGCUGUGUCUGCGCAACUUCCCGUCGCAGACUGUGGAGCGCCACAACAAGCCUGAAGUGGAGCUGCAGUACGUCCCCCCUUGACUGCAAUUAUUGCUAAGGAGGGAUAUUGCUAAUGGCAUGUUAUGACUGCGCAGAAUGAGCAAGGAAUUGCUGCUCAACCCCGUUCUCAUCUGCCGUAACGAGCAAGAAAAGUGUCUGAUCGAGCCGUCCAUCAACUCGACGCGUGUGAGCAUUUGCAUCAAGAAAGCGGACGAGAUCGAGACGAUUCUGAGCCACAAGUUCAACCGCUUCCUCAUGCAGCGCGCUGAGCAGUUCAUCAUCAUGCGGCGAGUGCCCGUGGAGGGCUACGACAUGAGCUUCCUUGUGGUGCACCAGCACCUGGAGAAUAUGUACAAACACAAGCUCAUCGACUUCAUCAUCACCUUCAUGGAGGACAUCGACAAGGAAAUCAGCGAGAUGAAAAUCUCUCUCAACGCACGCGGCCGCAUCGUCGCUACGGAGUUCAUGAAGCAAUUUACCUGAGUAGAGACAGCAAUAACACGACCAAUGUGGCAAAUUGCAGUUGCCUAAAGGGAAAUCGAGUUGCAAAAGUGGAAAUUUUGCUCAGUUUCUUUUGGCAGUAAAUAAAAAAAUAUGUGUGAUUUCCCAGUUGCC